GAGGAAAUACAAACAUAAACAAAAUAUUAUUGCUUUAAAUUUUAGUUCGCCAAAACCGGGGCUAUCAGCAGAAUGGCUAAAAGCAGCUUCAAAAUUGAGCACGACUUUGGUGAUUGUGGAGAAGGCGAGAGAAGCGACAUACCUACCAUUGACAAGAAGAAAUACUUAGUUCCGGGUGACCUUACGGUGGGUCAAUUUGUGUAUGUGAUUCGGAAAAGAAUUAGACUAAGUGCUGAAAAGGCCAUCUUCAUUUUCGUGGACAAUGUCCUCCCUCCAACAGGAGCAAUAAUGUCAACCAUCUAUGAUGAAAAGAAAGAUGAAGAUGGGUUUCUGUAUGUUACAUACAGUGGGGAAAAUACAUUUGGGAGCAGCUGAGUUGAUGCAGUAGCCUUAUUUACAUGUUAACGUUGUGCUUCAAUUAAAUAAGUGGCUUUAUGUCUAAUAUGUGACCUUUCAGCCUAUAGUUUCUGUGUAUAUAGAUAUUGUCAGCAGA